CUGGAAUCUCCAUGGUGACGUGACACUGGCGUGCUGCGUCGUCUCACCAGCAGCAGCAGCGUUGCGCCGUUAACGUUAACGAACCGGUACCGGCAGUGGCGACGUCGGCGCGCGCGGUGGCGGCUGUGCUGGUGAUGGUGUUGAUGGUGUUGAUGGUGAUGAUGGCGUCACCUCCACCUCUCGCCUCCUGAUUUCCUUCUCAAGACGGAUUACGAAAUUGCGUCAGAGAGAAUUAUACACGAAGUCGUGCUGAUUGUAUAUUUUGCGCUUGACAUCAAAUAGGAGAGAGAGAGAGAGAGAGAGAGAGAGAGAGAGAGGGAGAGAGAGAGAGAGAGAGAGAGAGCGAGAGCGAGAGAGAGAGCGCAUCCAUCCGGGCGCGCGGUAAAUGUGGCCCCUUACAGUCGGAGAGAGGAGAGGACACACUGGGUGAAGGAUCCACUGAAAACCCGACGCUAUCGAAACCCGCUUUUUUAUUUUUUUAUUUUUUUAUUUUUGUUUUUUUUAUUUUUAUAUUUCUUUUUUUUUCACCCGUCCUGAGGAUCUUUCUCUCCCGGUCUGGAUGGCUGCUGCGCGUCUCCGAACGUCUUAGUGAGUAAAAAUAACAACAACAACAACAACGCUGGAGAUAUAACAGAAAUUAUUUUAUUAAUAUUUUUUGCGCCAUGGCUUCGCACGGUUUUUGGUCACUGGGCGCAGAAAACGGAGGAGAGAGCGGCGGCCAAAGCCCGAUCACGGCCAGGGCUUGGUGCCAAGCGGCGGCCCAGAAAUUCACCGGAGGCAUCGGAUCCAAAUUAUGUGCUCUGUUGAAUGUUGGAGAAGUGGAGAAAAGCGGUGAUGGUGCUGAGAAGCGAGACGCGGAGAGCUGCAACUGCAACUGCAGCACCAAACCAUGCAACUGCUCCAAAACUAACCUGGGCUUCUCCGAGCUCUACUCUACAGACCUUCUCCCCGCAUUAGACGGUGACUUGAAGACGAUGACUUUCCUGCAGGAGGUGGUGGAUAUAUUGCUCGCCUACAUCGUGGAGUCUUUCGACAGGUCGACCAAAGUGAUUGAUUUCCAUUAUCCCAACGAACUGCUGCAGAGGAAUAACUGGGAGCUGUCGGAUGAACCCGAAACCCUGGAUGAUAUUCUGAUCAGCUGCCGCGCCACGCUCAAAUACGCCAUUAAAACGGCUCACCCCAGGUAUUUUAACCAGCUCUCCACCGGAUUAGACAUGGUCGGUCUCGCCGCUGAUUGGCUCACGUCCACCGCCAACACCAACAUGUUUACUUACGAGGUGGCUCCCGUGUUUGUCCUGCUGGAAUACGUCACGCUGAAGAAGAUGAGAGAGAUCAUCGGUUGGGAAGACGGACGCGGAGACGGUAUCUUCUCACCAGGUGGCGCCAUUUCCAACAUGUACGCCAUGUUGCUGGCUCGCUACAAGAUGUUUCCUGAAGUCAAAGAGAAAGGCAUGUCAUCCGUGCCCAAGCUGGUGGCCUUCACCUCCGAAAACAGUCAUUUCUCAAUCAAGAAGGGAGCUGCAGCGCUUGGAAUAGGAACAGAGAGCGUGAUUUGUAUCAAAGCCGAUGAGAGGGGAAAGCUGAUCCCUUCUGACCUGGAGCGGAGGAUAGUGGAGGCCAAGCAGAAGGGUUUUGUACCCUUCUUUGUAAGUGCCACAGCUGGAACUACAGUGUAUGGAGCAUUUGAUCCUCUGAUUGCCAUUUCAGACAUCUGUAAGAAGUAUAACAUUUGGAUGCAUGUGGAUGGCGCCUGGGGAGGAAGUCUGCUCAUGUCCCGGAAACACAGGUGGAAACUCAACGGAGUUGAGAGGGCGAACUCCAUGACCUGGAACCCCCACAAGAUGAUGGCGGUGCCGCUGCAAUGCUCGGCUUUGCUGGUCAGAGAAGAGGGUCUGAUGCAAAGCUGUAACCAGAUGCAGGCGUGUUACCUGUUCCAGCAGGACAAACACUACGACCUGAGCUACGACACUGGAGACAAGGCGCUACAGUGCGGACGCCACGUUGACAUCUUCAAACUCUGGCUCAUGUGGCGAGCCAAGGGCACUAUUGGCUUCGAGGCUCAGAUAGAUAAAUGCCUGGAGUUGUCUGAAUAUCUGUACAACAAGAUUAAGGACAGAGAAGGGUACGAGAUGGUGUUUGAUGGAAAGCCUCAACACACCAACGUGUGUUUCUGGUACCUCCCGCCCAGCUUGCGCUACGUGGAAGACAAAGUGGAAAAGAUGAAGCGUCUCCACAAGGUUGCUCCUACGAUCAAAGCUCGGAUGAUGGAGUACGGGACAACCAUGGUCAGCUACCAGCCUCAAGGAGACAAAGUCAACUUCUUCCGCAUGGUCAUCUCCAACCCGGCCGCCACCUUUGAGGACAUCGACUUCCUCAUUGAAGAGAUCGAGCGCCUCGGACAGGACCUGUAAUGUCCCGGCGUCUUUGUACAAAAUAUUUGUUGUGAAUGUACGGUAAUUUCUUGCUAUUUUUUUUCCUCCUAUUCUUCAAAGUCUACUAUAGGUGAAUAUGUUUAACGUCAAAAAGUCCAUAUUUAAGUAUCGUAGCACCAUCGUGGACAUCUUGGUUCGAAACCCUGUAGAAGUGUUAAUGUCCGCUCCUGUCUGUUAGCGUGAGCUUUACAUGUGUGGUGUGAGCGUGAAGAAUUACUUGCUUCAAUCCUGUGCAAUAGGCCACAGUUUAUAGCCAAUCUAACUGACCAGAUAUUCUAAGUGCCAGUCAUCACCAUAAAGCUAUGAGAUUUAUUUAUAGAGAUGUAUAAGAGAGAGAGAAAGAGAGAUAGAGAGAGAGCACUUUCUCAGUAUUGCCUUUACAAUCACAGGCAGCAUUUGAGUGUAAUUGAGUAGAGAAUACAAAAGAAGAUACAGGGUUGCAGGGUUUUUAGCCAUAUAGUGUUUAAUUCCUGUUUGAGAACAACUCUCAUGUUGUUUUGAACCUAGCAUGGGAUGUACAGAAGCUUUACUUAGAAUGGUUUGAUAGUAGGAGUAGACAAAAAUGUAGAAAUGUGUUAUAUCUAGAGCAGGAGGAAGAGCAGAUGCGAGAUCUGAUGCUGGCUGAACCAAAAGAUCUUUUAAUCUUUAAAUCUAGAGCAAUUAAGCACAAUUUGUAGAGAUUAUUCUGAACAGCAUAAAGCACUUAUUCUAGAAUGGAUGGAUGGAUGGAUGGAUGGGUGGAUGGGUGGAUGGAUGGAUGGAUGGAUGGAUGGAUGGAUGGGUGGGUGGAUGGAUGGAUGGAUGGGUGGAUGGAUGGAUUAAGGGUGGCUGGCUGGCUGGAUGGAUGGAUGGAGAAUCCAAUAAGACUGCCAAUUAAGGUCAAAUUAUUACCAUCAGAAAAAAAUGAAGCCAUUUAAACCAUCAGCAUCAUCAUUAUCAUCGUCUCCCACUUAUCCGGAGCCAAGUUGUGGGGCAGCAGUCUAAGCAGGGAUGCCCAGACUUCCCUCUCCCUAGACACUUCCUCCAACCCUUCCAGGGGAAUUCCAGGGUGUUCCCAGGUCAGCCAAGAGACAUAGUCCCUCCAGCAUGUCCUGGGUCUUCCCCGGGGUCUCUUCCCAGUGGGGCAUGCCUGGGAAAACCUCCCCAGGAGUCCAGGAGGCAUCCGAAACAGAUGCCUGAGCCACCUCAAUUGGCCCCUUUCGAGGUGGAGGAGCAAUGGCUCUACUCCGAGCUCCUCCCGGGUGACAGAGCUCCUUACCCAAUCUCUAAGGGAACGCCCCGCCACCCUAAGUAAUCUUGUCCUUUCAGUCAUGACCCAAAGCUCAUGAUUGACUGGUAAAUCGAGACCACAACAGACCAGGACAUAGACCGCAUAACUGCUGCAACUGCACCAAUCUGUCUGCCAUUUAAACCAAUGCAAACUACUUAAGAGCUAAAGAAAUUGGAGGCUUGCAAUGUCAUAAAAAAUACAAUUACUUUUUAAGCACAAUUACAUUUAUGGCAUUUAGGAGACGACUUACACGUAUCUCAUUUGGUUUAGGGUUAAGGAUUUUGCUUAAGGCCCCAGUUUGGUGUUCCUGGGAUUUGAACUCGCAACCUUCUGAUCAGUAGCCAAACAUCUUCACCACAGUAGCAAAAGAAAGGUUUUAAUGGUUCAUAAAAACACAUCCAGAUGUUUAUUACUCUCAAAGAAAGUGCUUCAGCCUUUAAGCCCUAUUCAGAUGGGAUUAGUUUUAAUCCGAGUUAUUCCUGGAGCAUCUGUGGAAUUGUAAUCCUGUAUGUCAGUCAUUUUUGACAAAGAUUAUGCCAUAUUUUAACGCCAGGACAUGUUGAUACAAAUUCUGGUAUAUUCUGGAAAAUUUUGUUGUACUUUUUCAUCACUAUAAAGACACACCAAGAUGUGCCCCUUUCUUUCAGCCAAGUUAAAAAGCUAUAACGAUAAAAUAUAGCUGAUAUCAUGAUAGCUCAUGGAUGGAUGGAUGGAAGGUUUGUUGGUUGGAUGAUUGGAUGGAUGGAUGGAUGGAUGGAUGGGCUUGGAUGGUUGGUUAAAUUAAUGGAUGGAUGGAUGGAAGGUUUGUUGGUUGGUUGGUUGGAUGGAUGGAUGGAUGGAUGGGUGUUUGGAUGGUUGGUUAAAUAGAUGAAUGAAUGUUUGGUUGGAUGGUUGGUCAAAUGGAUGAAUGGAUGAAUGGAUGGAGGGUUGGUUUUUUUGGGUGGAUGGUGCACCUGCCUUACUACUGCUUACAACCACAAGUCAUAAGUCCUUUUGGUGCAGUCAGCUCCUACAGAUCCUCUGCAGCCAUGAAAGAAGGCUAAAAUGUCGGCAUAGAAGACUUUAAAACAGAAAGAAGUGUAAAAAACAAAACUAAACAAGAGCUUGUAGUUGUACAGUGUCCUUGUGUACCCUGAAAUGCUAUUAUUAUUAUUAUUAUUAUUAUUAUUAUUAUUAUUAUUAUUAGUAGUAGUAUUAUUAUUAUUACAACCUGAGUCCGUACCUACUAUAGGACAGGGAGUAAAGUGUCUCUUUAUGGCUAGAUGAUGUCACUGAUGGAUAUCUGUACUUCCUGUCUGAGAGUGUUUGUCUACAAAUAGCUUAAAGAAAGCCGAGGUGUAAAAUCCGGAGCAAAGCGUUUGUAUCCAGAACACAAAAGACUUUUCUAGAACAGGAACAGGAACAGACAGCAUUCAUCUUAAGUUUAAACAGGUUCUUACGAAGAGCCGAAAUGUUAAUAAAUAACCUGGUAAGUGUAGAGUAGGUUUAAGUGUGUGAGGUCUGUAUGUUUAGCAGACAGCACUAAAUACCAAUAGAUCUUAACAUACACACACACACACACACACACACACACACACACAUAUAUAAAUAUAAAUAUAUGUACGCAGGCGCAAAGCGAUGAAACAUUUCAUUCUUAUCGCAGGAUCAGUGAUCUGUUCCUGUGAAUAAUCCACACUCUCAUACAUUAGCAUGUAGUGUACUGUAGUGAUUUAGUGUUAGAUUUAAAUCAAACUAUAGCGAUGAAGCAAAAUAUUAGCAAUAUUGCUAAGUCCAUGCACUUAGACCAAAAUGUAUUUAAAGACGUUUCAUAGUUUAAGCUGAAAACGGUUAGUGAUAUCGCUAAAAUCGAAUCAGAUAAGCUAAUGAUAGAUAAUGAAGACUCUGGAUAUUCCACUGCCACACCAGCAGAGGGUGCACUCACUCACUCACUCACUCACUCGCUACACUACCAAUUCUCACCAUAGUACUUUCUGUUUACUUCCCGGUUUUUGUUAGUUAUGAAGUCUUGCCAAUUCUCGCGCACGAAGCCAUGUCAGAGCUGAUUAGCGUUUUUGUUUAUCAGAAUUAUCUGUCGGACAUGGGGAAUCUGAUUGUCUGGGGUUUUAUUUCUUACCUCUUCCAUCCUUGUGGAUGUAUGGAUCCAAAUAUCAUUUCUUUAUCCGAGUCUCAGAAGAUUUUGCUGUAGAUACAGCCAUAGCCUGUGAAAGUCAGUCACUGAGAGAUCAAGCUCAACAUCUUCACCAGAUAACAGCUAGCACUCUGGAGGAAUUCAUCAAAACAUGGAUCCGCUAACCCAGGACGUGUCUCAAUCAGCUCCUUAGUUCAGUACUCAAAGCUCUAACCAGGAAGUCGGACAUUUUACUUCUGUCUCUGAAGAAAAAUCCCACAACGCACCGCAAAAACCAGGGAGCAUCGAUGCUCAUUAUCUUCCUUUACUGGAAACCUGGACGUUAGAAAAACUCUUCAUCUACAAACGUAAGUAGCUUCUUAUGGUUUUUUAGCGAUUUGUAACUUUAUUUGACGAUCGUUUGAGUCUAAAGACUUUCAAGUUUAAAUAAUCCACUAGCUAGCCAACGAUCCUGCCUGAAGUGGAUUAUUUUUAAAAAAUUCUUACACAACCUGAAAAACAUAGCAUCUAGAGAGCUGAUUGAGAUGCUCCCCGAGUGUCCAGCCCUAUCCUGGACAUCAACUCACACAAAUCUUGCUUAGCACAACCUUAAAAAAACAAAGCACAAGGCACAUUAGCAAUAACAAGGAUCCGGACGUGAAGAUUAUUGAGACUUCGCAAUAAAUAUAUAUGUGAAUAUAGGUGCAAUAUAAAACCAUGAAGUAACCAGCAAGCCCCAGUGAGAGUGACCUCUGGUGGUGGGGAGGAUAUCCAGUGUCUUGGUUACUCGAUAAUUAAUCACCAUAGCACUUAGUGUAACAUCUGUGAGGUUUUCCAUGAACAUUCAAUCAAAAAAAUUAUCUGUAAAUGGACUUCUUGCCUAAGCACAUAUCGAUGUGAAUACAUCCAUGUACUGUAUAUAAAAGAGUCUAUUUGUGAGGUAAAAUAUUAUUUUCUCUAUUCAAAUAAUAAUGUAAUUGUAAUACUAUAUAUAUAUAUAUAUAUAUAUAUAUAUAUAUAUAUAUAUAUAUACUCAUUCUGCUUGUGUAUACAUGAUUUAUGUGUAUAUUUAUCUGUGAGGAAACAGGCUUUACUUUUACGUUUGCUACGAACAAAAAAUAAUCUUUUGGACUCCAGUGAAGUGAAAUUCCAGUGAAAUUACGGAAAGCCAUUUCCCAACCGAAGUCGGUUAUCUUUGUGCCCAAGUGAUCUACUUGACAUUAUGUGCCGAUAUGUAAUUUUUGUGCGUUUGUAACUGUACUGCCUUAGUAUUUAUCGCUGGUAUUGUCUCGUUCUCCACACAGGGAACUUUGUGCACUUUAGAUUUCCUGUAAGUCCAGUGGAUGUUCAUAGUUUUAACGGUUUUGAUGAAACUGUGAUUCGUCUGAAUGUGUCCAUGUUUUUUGGAUUGGGGUGAAAAGUCAUGUGUGAUGUUUUAAAUCUGCUCGAAUUUGCAUUUGUAACCUAUUCGCUAAACACAUCGAUGCUACCUGUAUGUAUCCUUAACAUGUACAAUGAAUGAUUUUCCUCAGUUUGAUUUUCACGGAGGUAUGUAUGUAUGUAUGAAUGUAUGUACUGUAUGUAAGGUCUGUCCUCGUUCUGAAUCAGUGUCAUGAAGCCGUAGCAUCCCGGGCACAUUCUUUAUGUUGUCUCUUUGGUUUCCUCUGCUGCUACUGUCGCUGCCGCUGCUCCUGCUGUUGCUCUCGGGCCUGCGAGUCUUUGCAUGUGCAUGAAUGCCUUGUUUUUUCCGAGCCUGUGAUGUACAAAUAUUUACCCAAAUAUCUACCGUGUGAUAGUCUUAGUGCUGAACGUAUAGCUUCGCUUUAAAUGUAGUGCUUUGUCGCUAGCUUGAUGGCUCUGUGUCGUAGUGUCGCUUCGAAACAUAUUUAUCCGCUAAGCUAGCAUGCUCUGUGUUGCUAGAAACCGUCUGCUUCUGCGAUUCUGAUCUCUAUCUCUCUGUCUUUCGCUCUAUCGUCGUCUCUUAUAUUAGUGUGUGUAGAUCUCCGGCAUGCCUAUAUAUAAAUAUAUACAUAUAUGUAGUCUUAAUCCUUCCCUUUACUGCUUUCUGUCUUCCUUUUCCUCUUCCUCUUUUCUCUUUCUGGCUAAAGCUUUGCCCCUGCAAGCAGCAUUCAGACCUUUAAGGGCAGUGCACGCUCACUCUUUAGCAGCUCAGUGCCCCGAGGAACAAACGGCUAGACCUUACAUGAGCUUUAUCUUCAUCCGACCGGACAGGGUCAACAUCGUUACAUUGGUUAAAGCUAAUGUGAGUGUCUGUAAUUUGAAUUCUGAGGACGUUUGUAUGCCAGUGUGUCGAAACAAAUUUCCUUCAGCCUCCAGUUCUCUUGAAAAUUGACUGUAUGUGACUGGAAAUCAGGAAUAAACAUUCUUGUGAAAAAAAAAACCAUCGUUCUGAUCUGCAAGUCAUUUGUGAGGAUGUAUGUUUUUACAUUUUCGCCAACUAGAGUCGAGGCGUCGUUCCUGUUGAACUGAAUCUGCGAGGAUAACACUGCUAAU